AUGCUCAAGCCCAAGGACCUGUGCCCCCGAGCGGGUACGCGCACCUUCCUGGAGGCCAUGCAAGCGGGCAAAGUGCACCUGGCCCGCUUCGUGCUGGAUGCGCUGGACCGCAGCAUCAUCGACUGCCGCGCUGAGCAGGGCCGCACGCCGCUCAUGGUGGCCGUGGGCUUGCCAGACCCCGCGCUGCGCGCGCGCUUUGUGCGACUGCUGCUGGAACAGGGUGCGGCAGUGAACCUGCGGGACGAGCGCGGCCGCACGGCGCUCAGCCUGGCGUGCGAGCGCGGCCACCUGGACGCCGUGCAACUGCUGGUGCAGUUCAGCGGCGACCCCGAGGCGGCCGACUCGGCGGGCAAUAGCCCGGUGAUGUGGGCGGCAGCGUGCGGCCACGGGGCGGUGCUCGAGUUCCUGGUGCGCUCUUUCCGCCGCCUGGGCCUGCGCCUCGACCGCACCAACCGGGCGGGCCUCACGGCGCUGCAACUCGCCGCCGCCCGCGGCCACGGGACCUGUGUGCAGGCCCUUACCGGGCCCUGGGGCCGCGCAGCCGCCGCCGCCGCGGCCCGGGGCUCCAACUCCGACAGCCCCCCUGGCCGCCCGGCUCCCGCGCCCAGCCCGGAGCGCCGACGACCCAGCCCCCGCCGCCUACCUCGGCCUCUCCUGGCGCGCUUUGCGCGAGCGGCCGGCGGCCAUGGUCACGGCGGCGAGGCUGGCUCAGGGGGUAAGGUCUUCGGUCGGCACCGGGCGCAGGGCAGCGAGCGGCCGGAGCUGGGCCGGAGCAUGAGCCUGGCGUUGGGUGCCGUAACCGAGGAGGAGGCGGCUCGACUGCGGGCGGGAGCCUUGAUGGCCCUACCCCACUCGCCCCAGUCUUCGGGGGCUGGGCGGUGGCGUUCUCAGGAGGUGCUGGAAGGAGCGCCCCCAACCUUAGUGCAAGCCCCCAUAGGCCUUAGCCCCCACCCCGAGGGCGGCCCUGGCUCCGGCCGCUUGGGUUUGCGCCGACGCUCCACAGCUCCAGACAUCCCCAGCCUUGUCGGGGAGGCCCCUGGGCCCGAGAGCGGCCCGGUAUUAGAGCCCAAUGCUCUGCCCCAUUCGGUGCCUGGACCUCAGCCUUGGCAGGCGGGCACGGAAGCCGUGGUGCUGCAGGCUCAGCGGUAA